AAUACGCCCUCUGAUUUCUCCUUUGUCAUUUGUCUUCUGGGGGCUGCGGCCGUCGACGCAUGGCGGGAGCACCUCUCGCCCAGCAAGCGUCGCCACCAUCUUUGAAUUGGUCUUCUUCGCGGUUUGACAAGCCGAGCAGCGGGCUCAGUCGUCCGCGCAUCCCAGGACGUGCAUUCUGUUGUUCGGAGGGCGUUUCGCGCACGGCCCGACUCAACACGCGGUUAUUUUUUUUGGCUUUUUUUUUCUCUUCCCUGUGUCAGGACUGUCGUCGAUAUUCCCGAUGAAGGUAAAUGAAGAGACAGUUCUGGUGGGCAGCAGGGCGGUCCUCGUGCCCUAUCGCAGCGAGCAUGUCGAGAAGGUGAGCUGUCGAUUUCCAAUGGAUGACGGAUCCAGAGAUCCGACAACAGACAGCGUCGGAGCCGCUCAGUCUGGAGGAGGAGCAUGACAUGCAAAGGUCGUGGCAUCUUGACGAUGACAAGCUGACCUUCAUUGUGCUCUCGAGGGACGAGAGUGUAUAUGUGCCAGACACAGAGGCAGACGCGGACGAGGUCUCACAAUUCCUUGCAAAGUGCAAGAUGGCCGGUGAUGUCAACCUCUUUCUCUCGCCAAGCCAGGACGAGGACGAGGACGAAGAGACGGCGGGGGCGGGGAAGCCAUCUGCCGUUGCGAAGUCUCCGGCGAUGGACGCCGAGCUCGAAGUCAUGAUCGCAGAGCCGUCGGAACGGAGAAAGGGGCUGGCACGCGAGGCCCUCUCGCUCCUCAUUCACUACGCAUCGACAUCGCCCACGCCUGUGCCAUCUGUGAGCUCGUCGCCCUCGGCACCUAGCCGAGCCCUGCCUCUGCAACCGCGGAACUUCCUCGUCAAGAUUGGGCUCGACAACGCACCGAGCCUCGCGCUGUUCAAAUCCCUGGGCAUGCAAGAGGUCAAGGUCAGCGAGAUUUGGAGGGAGGUUGAAAUGCGAUGGGCGGAUGGGGACGGGUUGCCUCUGCCGGCGCAAAAGAAAGUCCAGGUGCUGAGAUGGAAAAGAUAGGAAUCAAUGCCGUCAUUGCUCGUUGCCCCAAAUCUCCUGCUGCUGCUCAUUGGACCCCUCCUCUUCUCUUUCGUGACGUUGCGGCCCCUUGCGACACACUGAGGAGAUGACGACACGGAAGACGGCGAGGCUGUGUCUGCCUGGACCCCGUGCACGCCCUCUUUUGGAUUGG